AUGAGACAGUCUUCAAAGAAUCAGCCAACUCUGGUCCAGUUAGAGAUUGAAGCAGCUGCAAAGACAUAUGCUAAGAAUGUGAAACAGACCCCCUCUGACAAUCUGACAGACAGCGUAAAUCUGACAGACAGCGUGAUUAAGAAAAUUGAAAAAGACAUAAGCAAAGAAUUACUCGCCAUGAAAAAGAAGGAUGAGAUUAGCGAAGCACUGUAUACAAGGUUGAGAUCAACGGGAGUGCAGCCAUCUAGGCUGUAUGGAUUAGCAAAAGUACACAAACAAGGCACACCACUUCGUCCCGUCCUUUCUUUACCUGGUAGCUCAUAUGACCAACUAAAUAAAACAUUGGCAAAGUACUUUGAUGAAAUUGAGGGGGCAAACAUAGAAACGAACACUCAAAUGGCCAAGGAGAACUUGGAGAAAACUGAGUUGGACUCUGACGAGAGUAUAAUCUCCCUUGAUGUAAAGAGUUUGUACGCUAAUGUCCCGCUCAAGGAAGCGCUUGAAAUAGCCCUGAGGAGAUUAUAUGAGCAAGUCAACCCUCCGGAAACAUUUCGCAAGACUAUGAAAAAACUACUGAAUUUGGCAGUGAGUAAGCUACAGUGUAAAUGCAAUGGUUUGUGGUAUGUACAAAAAGACGGUAUAGCAAUGGGCGCCUCCCUUGCAGUAAUAUUGGCCAAUUUGUGGCUCAAAGAAUACGAACCUGCAUUAAAGAAGAAGUACCAAAAUUGA